AAAGUCGAGUAGGCUGUCUUCUAUAGCACGUUAGGUGUAGGAGCUUACCCUAAUGCUGCAAGGUAAGCACUUGAUGCACGCCGCAGGGUAAGCAAUCUCCUGCAAGACGCUUAAUCAUAGGUGCAUUAUAGGCGCGUUAUAGGUGUGGUAGACCAAGUUAUUUAGGUAGUCCUAUUCUGUCAGCCUUGUCAGGCCUUGACUAUUUCAAAACGAGAUGUUCAUUCGGUGCCCAAGAGCCAGAGUAAGUCUAUCAUAUACCUAAAGUCGUAUAUUCAGGCAGACGAAGUGACUCAGAGACGAUAGCUGUUCAAGAUUGCAACAACUUCAUCGACUAUCCAACGCUACUUCACGAUAUCAACCCUACCUAUAAUCAUGAAUCCAGACGUUAAGCGCAUUAUGACCUUCUGGUUCGACCGCAACCCAAUAGAAUGGAUAAUCGCACCCGAAGGACUCGACACGCAGUUAAAAUUUGAGUUUAGUCAUCUCGUCGUGAAAGCGCGCCAAAACGAAUUAGACGAUUGGGCUUCCGAGCCUGAAGGCAGUCUCGCUCUUGUCGUCCUACUAGAUCAAUUCUCACGCAACAUCUACCGUGGCACUACCGAGGCUUUCAGCGGUGAUGCGAAAGCAUGGGAAAUCGCUACAAAAGCAGUCACCCGGGAUUUCGACAAGCAGGUUACCGUCAUUCAGGCAUCGGCGUUCUACAUGUCGCUGAUGCAACAGGAAAGCCUGAUCUCCGUUGUAGCGGCACGCUGCUUGUUUGAGGCGCUAAAAUCGAGGUGCGCAAGCGCUGAAGAACAUAAGUGGGUUGAUAUGGGAAUCGCGGCAUCGAAGAGACAUGCAAAACAGUUGGACCAGUUUGGGCGAUACCCCACUAGAAACGCACUCUUGGGGCGAAAUAAUACUGAGGAGGAGGAUGCGUAUCUGAAGGAUCACAAGCCUAGCCUUGAAUGAACUAGGCGAGUGAAACUAUCGUAUAGGUUGCAGCUUGGACUUGGCGACUUUUUGGAAGAUGUUUAGUUAGAAAGGAUGAUACGCAGUGGACCUCGGGAGAUUUAGUGAAAGUCGCUAUAUGAGUUAAACGGUAUAAAAUCCUAGAUAUAUGCGUAUCAUCUUUAUUACGAUUCACAUCUCAAUAAUGCACUUAACAAAACGAUCUACUCGAUAACAAAAUAAUCGACUUCCCAACUAAAAGAGACCCGGUUCAUCUUCCUAUCAUACAUAAAUACCACCAUCAUCUUAAUUU